CACCUACACAGGAGUAUUUUUUUGAACUAUUUCAGAAUUCCCUGUGCUUGAGACAGUAAAAAUAAAGAAGAAAGAAACAAAGAAAGAAGCAAAGAAAAAAGGGGCCAAAUUAUUUAUAUAUUUUUAAUAAAAUCCAUGUAGGGGCUAAAAAUCAGGUGGCUUUUGUGAUCCCUAAAACGGACGUCUGAAACUUUUACUCUGACAGUACUGAAAAGUGACACAAUUUUUGCCCCUCAUGAAGUAAUGACCAUGGUUCCAAUUAACAAAAAGUUUUUAUAGUAGUAUUACACAAGAUUGCAUUUCUAAGAAUUUCAGUAGGUGCCUUAACGAAAAACACUUUGUUUGACUUCCAUAAAUAUAGUUUUAAAAAUAUGUUGUCUACAUUUCAGUAGCAAGUUUUCUAAUUUUAUGCAGAUUUUAUAAACUUAUGUCUGUAACUUUACCAUAAAAACAUGUUUGUUUGUUUUUUUUACAAAAGUGAUCAUUUCUUAAGUUAUGUUCCACAUUGAAGUAAGGAACGAUGAAAAUCUUUUUUCCGUUUUUAAAUAUUCUACCAUUUUGCAUUCUGUAUGAAUUAGAGUUUAAUAGAAGCCUCUGUUGGCCUUUUCUUCUGAACUUCUUAAAUAACCUCCAUUGCUCAAUUUUUGCUUUUUAUUAUAAAAGAAACUGAUCCAUAACCCUCUAGCUAGGGAAAGCCCAACUCAUUUGCCAGACCACUGUACAUUUCACAACAGGCACAUUUUCUAUUCUAAAAUUUCAUGCCUUUUAGCUAUAAAAGUGUUUCAUUCUCUGUCUUUUCAACCUCCAUUUGUCUAAAGGUAAGUGUUGUUAGGAUUGGUUAGGAUUUAUCUCACAGUAGGAGGAGCUACAUAUGGGUACUUUACAAAGCUGAGAUCCCAUAAGGGUAAAGAUAAGAUCAAAUCAUCAGAGAGAAGGGGUUUUGAUUAAGUGGAGAUCUCAAGAGUCUGGAGUUAUACAGGAUUGUUUUACAAAGGCAAACAGGUAGAAUGGGUGUCAUGAAGUGGCUGGUAACUUCUGUCUUUCUCUGCAUUUCCUCACAGGUUGCAGCUCAAUCAGGUUUCGAAUUAUCCCAGUUCUCUGCAACAUCCAAGACUGUUUUUCUCAAAUGGACCAGAUAUAUGGGAGCAGAAUCAUACAGGAUAAGCACUGCCCUUAAAAGCUCACCAAACGACACCAUUGGUUUUGUUUUGUUUGGUCCAAACACACUGUUGGGCUCCAUCAGCUACUUGUCACAAGGAGUUGAUUACAUCUUCACAGUUGAGGCUUUGGAUGGAUCACAGAGGGUACUAAGUUCGGCAUCUAUCAAUGCGUCAACAGCCCCCGAUAGGAUGGAUCCCAUCCAAACCAUCAAGCCCAAGAACAGCAAGACUUUGAUUGCCGAGUUCAACUUGAAAAACGGAGUCUCUCAAUAUAUCAUAAGAGUGGAGGACAAGCAGGGCUUCUUCAGAGAAGACAGAGUGUCUUCCUCCCCAGCAGAGAUCACUAACCUCAGCCCAUACACUGAGUAUACGCUCAGCAUCAUGGCCGUGAGCAGCGCCGGCCGCAGUCAGCCAUCAACCACUGUAACAGGAAAAACAGUUUUGCCUCCUCCCCAGUUCUUCACUUCCUCUCCCACCAAUGACAGCAUUGUUGUCUCCUGGGCUCCUGUGGAUAAUGCUGUCCAGUACACAGUAUCUAUACAUAAGUUUGGCUUCAAUACCGAAAUAAAGUAUAACACAAGUGACACCAACCUGACCGUCUCAGGCUUGGAGGCCGGUUUGCUCUACAUGAUCAAGAGCUCUGCUUGGGACCCCAUUGGUCGAAACGGAGAGGACAGCUUAUAUAAGAACCAAACAACACGACCUCCAGCGCCAUCUUCUGUCAACGUGUCAGUGGUGAUGAAUAAUACAUUUGCUGGACUUGCUGUGUCCUGGGAGCUUGAGAAACAGGUUUAUGGAUAUGUUGAGUAUCAUGUGAUCAGUGAACAGAACGUCACCUGUAACACCACCUCCACCUCCUGCACCCUGCCUGUGGGGUGUGGAGAGCUGCACACCUUUCAAGUCAUUGCAUCAAAUGAGGCUGGGCCCAGCUACCCAUCCAUCCCAGUAGUCUUCAUCACAUUCCCCUGCCCUCCAGACUUUUUGGCUCAUGCACCAUCCUCAGAUGGAAACUGCACUCUGACGUGGAACAGAGUACCUUAUGCAGACAAAUAUGAAGCCUUCAUUAAGACAGGUGAUGGUAGCGAGGAAAACUGCAACACCACCAGCAACAACUGCACCUACCAAUGCCUGUGUGGCCACACGUACCUGAUGUCUGUGUUGGCGUUCAAUGAAGCUGGGAGCAGCCCUCAUGGAAAGGUUAUCAACUAUACCACAGUGCCCUGCUGUCCAGAAAACGUAGCCGUCUCUGCAGUGAGCACUGACACAUUGGAGAUCACGUGGACGGCCUCGCUGGGAGCAGAGCUGUAUGAGACCACAGCCGCAGACGCCCUGGAGGUCAUCCUCUGCAACGACACGGCUCCAGUGUGCGCUCUCUCUGACCUUAGCUGUGACAGAGCCUACAGCGUGGUGGUGACGCCCUGUAAUGACAUCAGUGGGUGUAACCGUGCUUGUAAAGCCCACACCAAAGACACAGCCCCCUGUGCGCCAUCCAAUCUGCAGCUCACUCUACAGAACUCCACUGUCAGUGUCAGCUGGACAGCAAACAACAGAAAAGCUAACUACACAGUCACAGCAGACGGAGAUGGUGGUAGGCACAUCUGCACCACCAGUGGAAACAGCUGCAACGUCACUGACCUUUCCUGUGGCUCCAUCUAUGAAUUCAGUGUGUCAGCAGCCAGCGCUGCCGGCCCGAGUCUAUCCAGCUACACCAAAUCACAUGAAACAGAGCCCUGCUGCCCGAUGAACAUCACAGUAGAUCAGGUCACUGAGGCAAUGACAAACGUCACAUGGUCCCAGGCUAAAGGAGCCCACUCUUUCAUCACCUCUCUGACCUCCCCCCGCGGUCACGCUCGCUGCCACACGCAGGACUCACACUGCCUGAUGGGCUGCAUCACCUGUGGCACCAACUACUCUGUUACCAUGGAGACCUACAGCCCCAGUGGGCACAUGUCCACCUGCACAUACCAGGGCUUCUCUUCCAGCCCUUGCUGCCCGUCGGGCGUCAAGCUGUACAGAACAACUGAUAAUUCCUUUCAGGUUUACUGGCGCUCCACAGGCAGCCAACACAGCAUCAUAGCAGAGCUGCUGGGGAGCAACAACAGUUACAACUGCACUGCUUUGCCCGGGCAGAACAGUUGCAGCAUUGACAACAUCCAGUGUGGGGAUGUCUUUCAUGUAAUUGUAGCCCCGCUCACAGUGGAGGGCGAAAAAAUCUUGUUCUGCCCUCAACGACUUUAUUCAGUUACUUGUCUAGGGACCAGCAUUGGCACAGUGAUUUACAGAGGAAAAAGAAGUCUGGCUUGAAAGAUGCUUCCUUUUCCCAGAUGCAACACAUUUUCAUCCUCAUCUUCUUUCUCCAGCAACUCUUCUCUACUAGAACAAACGUCAUAGUGAAACAUUGACCAAGAAAACAUUAACAAUAUAAAUAAUAAGCAUUUAGAACAAAAAGAAAUUGAUGAUGAAGGAUUAACAGUCAUUAUACUUGAAAUGCCUUUAGUGACAUUUACUGAAUUGAAUUAAAUGAUUUUAACAUGAAGACAACACCAAAACAUAACAGCACUGCCAGUGCUCAAGUUUUCUUAAUGAUGACUGUGAUAAUUUAUAUUUAAGCAUUUUACUAAGACAAAUGUAUUUAAAACUUCAAUUUUCAAAAAUACUCUUUAAAAAGCAAGUGUUUCAGCAAUCAGAGGACAUGCUUGUACUGUAAAGAACCAAUACAGAAUGUCUUUAUAUUCAGCCCCAAGUUGAAAGCCUCCUGUGAUAAAGCAGCAAAAACAAAGAAGAUUUUGCCUUCAUUGUAUUGGUUUUCUGUUUAUCAUUUUCAGGAUGUAUUCAAAUGAGUUUUUCAAUAUGUACCAUAUGUCAUUUAUUAAAGAAUUUCAGCAUCA